AUUUUAAGAAAAAAACAAUCAAUGGAAAUUAAAAGGGGAGUUUGCCAUGAAACUCACCGAGAUUGAGGGAUGAUGGAAGAGGAUGAUGGUGAAAAGUUGAUGGGGAAUUUUUUUCAGAAUUAUUUUCAGUAAUAUUUCUAUUUUUUGGCCGCGGGGAAUUUUUUAGUUAGAUUGUCAUCAAGGCGGAAAUUAUGAGUAUAAUUUCAUAGAGAUUUUGGGGAUUACAUGACUGAUGCGAAUGGUAGAAGAGAGAGAAAUCGGUUGAGAUUGGAUGGAUUGUUUAAAACGGAUGGUUUAGAUUUUUUUAUAAAUUUAAAUUAUUUUGUCCUAGGAAUAUGGACAGUGAGGAUUUAGGACACAUGCCGUUUUCAUUUGAGAAUAAAAGUGAUGAUGUGAUAAGUUCUGAAAAGGUUUGUGGCAAAGGGUUUUGGGUUAAGGUGAACAUUAGCAGUUUAUUCAAUCAACUUCCACCGCUAUAUGCGUGGCCACAUCCUCUGCCAAAGGGUGAAUAAUUUAACCAGACAUUAGUCCGAGCCGACCACCGUGUAAAUUUUAUUGCGGGUCGGGUUCAUACCCGUUAGGGUCUGUUGCUUUCCAACGUGUUAAUUAAUCGGUGGCGAUUGGUUCAAGUCAAAAAAGGCUGUGCCGAAUUGGACCGGAGAUCCAGUUCCCUAUCAUUAAACAACCCAACUAAAGCCGUCAGAUUAAUUGUCAACGGCCCCAAACAACUUUACGUCGUCUCAAAACAGGGGAAAAAAGAGAUAAGAAAAACUAACAUUUCUUGCGGUUUACACUAGCGAAUUGUGACCGCUCUGGCCUCCACCUCUUUUUUGUGCGUCUCACUUCCGCACUCAACUAAAAUCAGAUUGGAGCUCGAUUACUCAGGGGUUUGGAACUCAGGAUCAUAUGUAUUUGCGAUGGGCUUUGAGAUGUUUGAGAUCAAGAAGGAGCUCCUUUUAUGGCGGCAGCGCUGAGAAUUUGUUCUUGGCUGCUCGUUAUGGAACCCUAAUUAGGUCAAAUCCGUCCCUUUUACACUCAGAGGUGUUGGGUUGCAGAGAAAGUCUCCGAUGUGGUUCACAUGGCUUGCAUGACCUCAGAUAUCGGGUUAACGAGGAUGAAAAUUUCGGAGCCGAACAGGAAACAGUGGAUCCCUUCUCCCUUGUUGCGGAUGAACUGUCAACCCUUGCAGACAGAUUGCGCUCGAUGGUUGUUGCAGAGGUACCGAAGCUGGCCUCAGCUGCAGAAUACUUCUUUAAAAUGGGUGUUGAAGGAAAAAGAUUCCGUCCCACAGUUUUGUUAUUAAUGGCAUCUGCAUUGGAUGUACCCAUUCCUAAAACAGUCAUUGAUGGCAAUCUUCAUAUGCUACCAAAGGAAGUGCGUGGAAGGCAGCAGUCAAUUGCUGAAAUAACUGAAAUGAUCCAUGUUGCAAGCCUUCUGCAUGACGAUGUAUUAGAUGAUGCAGAAACGAGGCGGGGGAUCAGUUCAUUGAAUUUUGUAAUGGGAAACAAGCUUGCUGUGCUGGCAGGAGAUUUUCUACUUUCCAGAGCUUGUGUCGCUCUUGCUUCACUGAAAAAUACAGAGGUUGUGUCAUUGCUUGCAACUGUUGUUGAACAUUUAGUUACAGGUGAAACAAUGCAAAUGACAACAAAUUCUGAGAAGCGUUGCAGCAUGGAGUAUUACCUACAAAAGACAUAUUACAAGACAGCUUCAUUGAUUUCCAACAGCUGCAAGGCUAUUGCUAUCCUUGCAGGUCAAACUGCUGAAGUUUCAAUGCUUGCUUAUGACUAUGGUCGAAAUCUGGGUUUAGCAUUUCAGUUGAUAGAUGAUGUUCUUGAUUUCACUGGAACAUCAGCUUCUCUUGGAAAAGGCUCAUUGUCCGACAUUCGCCAUGGAAUUGUGACAGCUCCGAUAUUAUUUGCAAUGGAAGAAUUCCCUCAGCUUCGGGAACUUAUUGACCGGAGUUUUAGUGAACCUGAAGAUGUUGAAACUGCCCUCAUCUACCUUGGAAGGAGUCAGGGCAUCCAGAAGACAAAAGAGUUGGCUCAAGAACAUGUGAACCUUGCGGUGAAUGCAAUUGAAGCUCUUCCGGAAACGAUUAGUGAAAAUGCUCGUAUUUCAAGACGAGCUCUAGUGGAUCUCACGAAAAGGGUCAUUACAAGAACUAAAUGAUCUUUUGUUUAUCAUAAGCAUAAAUUUUUUGGCCAAGUUGCCUUGAGAUUCAAUUAUUGUCACCUUUUUUUGCACCUAAGUUCCUGUAGAACUGUGGUUCAUAUGGCCACAUGGAAAUUUCUACUUAUUCUUUUCUGUCCAUGGAUCUUGGCUCCAAAGGCUUCAACUUGGAACGCUACUUGUUCGUGAGUCAGGUUUCAGAUGUAAAAAAGCAUGGGAGACUGUAAGUGUUGCCUUGUAUCAUCUUAGUGCUCAAAUGUGCCUUGGAUAAUAUUCUUGUAUCAUAUUCAGAAGAUAGGUCCAUAUGUCAAUGCACUUGAUUCAGAUUUAUAGAAUGAAUGGUAUGAGAAAGAAUGACAAACUCUAUUUCUCGUAUCGCUGCA